GUGAGCAGCUGAAACGAUGCUAACCCUAAAACGAUGCUAACCCUAAAACAACGCAGUUAGACAGAUUCUCCACUUAUGCGUGUCUUUGUUGUCCUUUAUUUAAACGAUGUACGCUGCAGUUUUAGCUUCCCGGAGACACGCUGCGAUAACAAGGAGGGAGGGCUGGAGCCGAGACACCUAGAAUAACGGGGUACCAACGGUCGGGCUGGUAAACACACGGUCGGAUGUACGAAAGCUAAAAACAAAGCUAGCGGCUACAGGAGACUGGGACAGACGGUAGACAGCUGGGAGCAGGUGGGCCAGAGAUGGGACAUAACACCUCUCUGCUUCAGAUUAAUCCGCUUCAGCAGUGUCCUCGGUUUGUUUGUAAGGCUGUAAUGAGGUCUGUGUAAGUGCGCUGCAUCAGUAGAUAGCCUGUUUAUGUUCCAUCACUCUGCAGACAUGUCCUUCACCAUGGAGGACAGCUUGGAGUCGGGAUGGGUCGCUGUUCGACCGAAUGCGUUUGAGGAAAAGGAAAAGCACAAAUUUGUUUUUAUUGUCGCCUGGAAUGAAGUUGAGGGAAAAUUUGCCAUUACGUGUCACGACAGGACGGUUCAGAGGAGAAGCUUUGGCAGGGAUCCUCUGGCGGAGCUGAGCCUGGACGAUGGGGACAAGGCAAAACUGUCUGAAGGUACCCGCAGGGAUAAAGUGUCCCGGAGUUCAAGCAAAGCAGCCAGCGAUGCAACACCGAAAAGUCCAGUCAGAACUCAGACAGCUGGUCCUGAUGCAGAGGUGUUAGAAGAGGACAAGCUGUCCCCCUCUCUGGACAGCUUGGACCUGCAGGAGCUGAACAACCUAAGCAGAGAAGGCUGUAGUUGGGCUGGACUUUUCUCCUUCCAGGACUUUCGGGCGAUCCACCAGCAGCUGUGCUCGGUGAACUCGGCCCUGGAGCCCUUCCUCCCGGUGUUUCCGGAGGAACCGGCCGGGAUGUGGACGGUUCUGUUCGGUCCGGCGGAAGUGCCGGAAACAGAAAUGGACCAGCUGUGCCACAGCUUACAGGUGUACCUCGGUCACGCGCUUGACACCUGCGGAUGGAAGAUCCUGUCGCAGGUUCUGUUUACCGAGAAGGACGACCCGGAUGAGUACUACGAGAGCUUGAGUGAGCUGAGGCAGUCCGGGUAUGAGGAGGCGCUCAGCCGUGCAAGCAGACACCUGCAGGAGCUGCUGGAGAAGCACCGAUCCACGGACAGCAUGGUGGAGCUGUUGGAGCUGUAUGAGGAGGAGGACCAGGCCUACGGCGGCGUGCUGGAAGCCUCCACACAGCUGCACCAGUACCUGCUGCAGCCCUUCAGAGACAUGAGGGAGCUCGCCAUGCUGCGCAGACAGCAGAUAAAGAUUUCUUUAGAGAACGACUAUUUGGGCCCGAGGCGGGUUGAAGCUUUGAAACGGGAGGAUUCUGACUGGCAGAAGAAAGCUCAAGAGGCCGUCGUCAACAUCCAAGAGUUUACUGUAAAAUACUUUGAGAUCACGGCCAGAGCCCAGAAAGGUGUGUAUGAGCGUAUGAAAGUGGACCAGAGAAAGUUUGGGAAGUCUUCGUGGACGGCAGCGGUGGAGCGGAUGGAACGACUGCGCUUUUCGGUUGCCAAGGAAACCCUGCAGCUUCAGAGAGCCAGGGAGCUCAGCCUGGAGCAGAGGAAACACACUCUUAGAAAGGAGAUGCAGAGUCUGUGCAGCAGAGAGGACGCGAUGGCCCUCCUGGACCACAUGGAGACUCAGUACUACGAGCUCCAGCUGCAGCUGUAUGACAUCCAGGCGGAGAUACUUCAGUGUGAGGAGUUACUCCUCACCGCUCAACUAGACAGCAUUCGUAGACAGAUGACGGAGCGUCAGGAUGAGGUUGUGUACUAUGAUACCUUUGAAAGUGCAGAUGAUAUAACAGAAGAUGACGCAGCAGAGAGAGAGGAGCUGCACAGACUCCAGGCCAGCGCCCGACAGCUUGAGGCACGAAGGGGGCGCAUCACUGCCAAGCGCUCCUAUCUAUGUAACAAAAGGGAGAUCUGUGUAGCCAGCCACACACAGAAACAACAGAGGCGUCAAAGCAUCCAUAAGGAGCUGAAAAACGAAGAGGAAGAAGAUGAGGAAAUGAAGAACAACAGAGUGAGCCAGGAGAGACAGAGGACUCUGGACAGGCUGCGCACUUUCAAACUGCGGUAUCCGGGUCAGGUGAUUCUGAAGUCCACUCGUCUUCGUUCGUCUCACACCAGGAGAAAGGAGCGCGUCAGGAGCAUGGACAUCAGCUGCGUGAGUGAGAGGGAGGAGUGUGUGGACUCGGUCAGUGUCCAGACUCAGGAUCAGCUGCCAUGUCUCAGUACCAGCGUUCAGACAGACCCUAGCGCCACGCUCACCACUCAGCCCGUCGCAACGCUCACAGCCACAGCUCCUCCUCUGCCUGUGCCCAGUCUUGCUGACUCCUCCUGCUCUCCCUGCUCCUUCUCCUCCCUGCUGGCAUCCCCCAUCUCUCCUCCACCACCGCCUCCCCCUCCACCCCCACCACCAACAAAGGAUGAGUCGUUUCCUUUCGGGAGCACGGGUCAGUCGGAUCAAAGAGCUGAGGGGAAGAGUGCAGAGGAGGAGCUGAUGUUCUCCCCUCUUGGCCCGUUCAUCCCUCGGUUCUUUGACAGCAGCCAGCUGGUGAGCGCACGGAAAAAGCUGAGGAAAACUCCCGAGUAUGACUCCCACAACAGAAGAGUGAGCUCUCCCAUGGACGAGGUGCUGGCCUCUCUGAAGAGAGGAAGCUUCCAUCUGCGGAAGGUCGAUCAGCGAUCCCUGCCUCCCACCAAGGAUGAUGACGACGACCCCAACAGCAUCCUGGCUCAGAUUCGCAAGGGGGUCAAACUUAGACGGGUUUCUUGUAAGAACAUGAGAGAGCAGAAAGAGCUCCCUGCGUACACCGACCCGCUGACGAGGAGCAUCCACGAGGCGCUGCGUCGCAUCAAGGAGGCCUCGCCGGAGUCGGACUCGGAUGAUGAUGGGCUGGCAGGUCCAGACUGGGAAAGCUAGGGCUCAUCAUAACACACACACACACACACACACACACACACACACACACACACACACACACACACACACACACACACACACACACACACUGGAAUGUGUAAUGGAGCCAACACCAGACCAGAGGUUUAUGAUCAACUUGUCACUGUCAUAAAGCAUAUGGUCUUAUUUAUUUAUGAUGUACGUCGCUGUGUUUCCAUUUCUGUAAUCAAAUGUAUGGAGGCCAUGUUUAUUUUUGUUUCCUAUCAGCCGCACCGUUAAACGUCUGCACUUAGCAUUUUUAUCACCGACGCACCGGCACUCGGCUAAAACGACACAGAUGUACGGGAAUUUAUCAGAGCUGAGGAUUUCAAACACGAAACCAAGGCUGCAGCAAAAAUAUGUUGCUGGUGUGAUGGGUAAUCUGGGGGUUUAUGGGAGAUUUAAAAAUGAAGAGCAGAUUAAUCAGAGAUUCAGACUGGGAUUACUGGAUUUACUGUCCAGACUGUAGACCGUUAAACCAUCAAACAUCAUCCCACCACCAGUUCAUCCGAGCCACAUUCCAGUGAUCCUUUCUUGUGUCUCCUGGGUGAAUCAGACCCCGUAAGGCCCUCUGCUCAUCUUCAUCAGACAGAUUUCUUUGAAUACUUAAUGAUGCAAGGCUUCUUCCCCUCCCCCCACUCCUGUCCUUCAGCAUCCCUGACUCCCAGCCCCAGUCUAGGUAAAGGAACCACCAUGUUUUAUGGUCCUCAGCAGAGCUGGAAGAACUUGUCACGUUUCAUCUAGGUCUAGUAGGAGGUUAGACUCUCUUGCCUUCUUAUUCAUCUCUUGCAGCAGCACACAGAUGGAGGUCUGUUACUCACAGUGACGGAGGUGAAAAAACACCAAACUCACAACCAAUAUGUGCAGAGGAGUCCUCUCACAGAGGAGAUAAUUAGUUCACUGGUAAUUCUCAGCACUUUUCCCACAACAUUUCUAGUUCACUAGUUCGCUGUUUUAAUCCGUAGUGAGACGGCGGUGAGCGUGAAAACACAGAGCAGAUUGUGGAGAAGGAGCUAAACGAGAUUACAGUGAUAACGAGCAGUGUGGGAAUUCAUGAAGAAAGAUGUUUCAUGAAUGAAUCUCAGCAUUGUGCUCUUGCAUUUAACUGCUUUGGUUUUAGUUUAGUGCUUUUUCUCCUGUGAGUUUAGGGAGAAACAGAAGCACAUUAACAAAAGCACUGAGGAUAUUGUUGCAGCAUGUUUGUACCAGAAGACCUUUUUGUUGCUGUCGCCUAUCUGUAGGAAGGCACGGGAACAGCUGUGGUAUUUAUGAGCGGGAAAGCUCAAUACUUUAGAUAUUUUUGUUUUCUCUCGGCGUAAACCAGCUCUGGUACUGGAACGUCUGAGUGUCAUCACAAUGUUCUUCCAUGGCACGCUGAUCAUGUAGCAUGAGAUUACAAUCUUACCUCUGCCCGCCUCUAGUCCAGCUUUACUCAACAGUCUUCCCAAAAAGAUGUCGGUUUUCGUGGUUCCGUUGCUCAGAAGCUCCAGAGAAAGGAGGCAACACCAUUCCUGACUCUUGUCAUGGGUUUGAUACCUACCUUUGCAGGCUGUACAUUUGCAUCCAUUUGCUUUUGUUUAUAUAUGAUUUCUUACUUUCUGCCUAAUUGUUUUGUGAUGUUUUUUUCUUUGGAACAUUUUCUGCACACGCGUGUUAUCCCCACAGGCUGACUAUAUUACAGCUUAUCUACAUACCAAUGGAUCCUUUGAGACGCUGUGCAAUUUGACAUAAGACAAUACAAGAAAAGGGCAUGGAGAAAAGUAAAAAUCAUAGCUGAAGAUUAGAUUGGUCACCUAAAUGAAUGAAUUUAGCAAUCUUUGCAAGUGUUUUUUACACCACAGUGUGUUCCAGAAGCACCUUAUUUCUGCCUUGUGUCCUUGUGUCUUUUUCUUUAUUCUGAUUUUUUUUAUUUACAACAUUUCCUUUGGAUUGGAAUAAAAUCAUUAAAGCAGAA